GCUCCACUCGUGGCGGAGCCGCGGUGCCGGGAGGAGGAGGAAGCCAGAGAGAAACUUGUCUCGGGGAUUAAUAAGAGGCAGGAGGAGGGAGAGGUGCACACAGGGAAACAUCUGGACCAUGAAGGUGGCCUUCAGGUUGCUUCUCCCACUUGUUCUUGUGCUGAUCUGGGAGGUGAGCGGGCAGCGGAGGAAACCUCCCCGGAAACCCACCCGCCCACCUCCUGAGUUCGUGGAGCCUGUGGAGCCCACAGAGCUGCCCCCACCCCUGCCACCAGGUCCCCCCUCCAUCUUCCCUGACUGCCCCCGGGAAUGCUACUGCCCCCCAGACUUCCCCUCUGCCCUCUACUGUGACAGCCGCAACCUGAGGAAGGUCCCGAUCAUCCCGUCCCGCAUCCACUACCUCUACCUCCAGAACAACUUCAUUGAUGACCUCCCAGAGGAGUCCUUCAGGAACGCCACGGGGCUGAAAUGGGUCAACCUAGACAACAAUCGCAUUCGGAAAGUGGACAGGCGGGUCCUGGAGAAGCUGGAAAACCUCAUCUUCCUCUACAUGGAGAAGAACCAGCUCAAGGAAGUGCCUGCUUUCCUGCCGCCCAACCUGGAGCAGCUGCGUCUGAGCAGGAACCAGAUCUCCAAGAUCCCUGCUGGGGUCUUCAACAAGCUGGAGAACCUGGUGCUCUUGGACCUGCACCACAACAAGCUAAGCGAUGGGGUCUUCAACAAAAACACCUUCAAGGGACUCAAGAACCUCAUGCAACUCAACCUUGCCCACAACAUCCUGAGGAAAAUGCCUCCCGGGGUGCCCAGUGCCAUCCACCAGCUCUUCCUGGACAGGAACAACAUUGAGGACAUCCCCAGCGACUACUUCAAGGAGUUCCCCAACCUGGCAUUCAUCCGGCUCAACUACAACCAGAUCUCUGACAAGGGACUUCCCAAGAAUUCCUUCAACCUCACCAACUUGCUGGUGUUGCACCUGGCCCACAACAAGCUCACCAACGUCCCUUUCAUCAGCCCCAAGCUGGAGCACCUCUACCUAAAUAACAACUCCAUUGAAAAAAUCAACGGGACACAGAUCUGCCCCACCUCGCUGAUGUCCAUCCAUGACUUCUCCCCCUCUGACCUGGACAGUGUCCCCCGGCUCCGGUACCUGCGGCUGGACGGGAACCUCCUGAAACCCCCCAUCCCCUUGGACCUGAUGAUGUGUUUCCGUCUCCUGCAGUCCGUGGUUUUCUAGCCCUGCCCAGCACUUGGCUCUCCCAGGACUUGGCUUUGCACAGAGACUCGACUCCUGUUGCUGUUUGACACGUGGGACCCUCUUUGCCACCCCUUUCCCCCCCUUGCUCGCACCUCCCUCUCAUCCCCCUCUUGCUUUUCCCCCUUUUCUCCCCUGCAGUGGCCACGGACACGGGUGGCACGUGCGUUCUUGGGGACCAGAGUCUGCAGGACAGCACCGUGUGGCAGCAGCCACCCCAGGUGGCAGCAUCAUCAGCCCUGGGGUGGCAGCAUCAGCCCUGGGGUGGCAGCAUCAUCAGCCCUGGGGUGGCAGCAUCAUCAGCCCGGGGGUGGCAGCAUCAGCCCUGGGGUGGCUGCCACUCUCACCCCUGUUCCCUGCCUCCUCUGCCCUCACCCAGGCCAGCCCCAGAGCUGGCCCCGUCCCUCCCCUUCCCCCAGGCAGAGUUUCAGCAGGUUGGAUUUGGUUCUAGCCAAGAGCAUCUCUGGACGGAGCUGAGAAAAUAAGCCCAGGAGCCACCACACCGCAGGACUUGGGUCAUAUCGCUCCAGGUGGCUGCACCUGGAGAACCCGGGAUGGCCCUGGGGAGAACCCGGGAUGGCCCUGGGGAGAAUCCGGGAUGGCCCUGGGGAGAAUCCGGGAUGGCCCUGGGGAGAAUCCCCCUCGCUGGAGGCGGAGCAGGGAUGGGCUGGUGUGCGGAGGGUGCUGAUGGGCACCCUGCAGCCCCUGGUGCGGGGGCUGGGGGAGCAGGAGGGGGGCUGGGGGAGGG